AUGAUGAUUGUGUAUGGAAUCAUAAUUGUUUCAUUUUUCUCAUUGUGCAUUGUUGUCACAUUGAGUGAGUUGGCAUCUGCUUUUCCAAAUGCUUCUGGACAGAUAUAUUGGACGAUGAAAUUGGCACCGCGCCGACACUCAAGAUUGCUAGCUUAUGUAACAGGAGUUUUAUCAUGGGUGGGAUCUGUGUUUACAUCAGCAAGUAUUACGAUUACAGUUUCAGUGGCUAUACUUGGAAUGUAUGCCUUAUUUCGUCCUACAUUUGUGGUCCACAAAUGGCAGGUAUUCGUAACGUACGAAAUCUUUAAUGUGGUCAUGCUGUUAUUCAACAUUUAUGAUCGCCCCUUACCACAUAUAUUUCUGGGUACGUUAGGUAUUUCAAUUGCAUCAUUUAUCAUCGUCAUUGUUACGGUUUUGGCUAUGCACAAAGGAGACUUUCAAAGCGCAAAAUUUGUAUUUGUUGAAUUUAAUAACCAGACAGGAUGGAGUUCAUCGGGUAUUGCGUUCAUUGUUGGAUUGAUAAAUCCCAAUUGGAGUUUCAAUGGGCUUGAUGCCGCGACACAUAUUGCAGAGGAAUCACUCAACCCCGCAGUUGAUAUACCCAAAGCUCUAAUGAGCACAAUAAUCAUCGGAUUUGUCACCACUUUUACAUAUUGCAUUGCUAUAUUCUUUUGCAUUAGGAACUUAGACGCGGUGUUGGCAUCAAACACUGGUAUACCAAUCUUAGAUAUAUUACAUCAAGCAACGGGGUCCAAAGCUGCAGCACUCGGAUUAGGUAUUCUACUUGUGCUUACCUCUUUUGGGUGCACCGUUGGAUGCCAUACGUGGUCGGCAAGAAUAUGUUGGGGGUUUGCAAGGGAUAAUGGGUUACCAUUUUCCAAGUUUUGGGCACAAGUGAAUCCCAAAACUGGAACGACAGUGAACGCACACUUUUUGUCGUGCUUUUGGGUUGGUGUCAUUGGAUGCAUUUAUUUAGGUUCAUCAACCGCAUUCAAUUCCAUCCUAGUAUCUUGUGUCGUGUUCCUAUUGUUAUCGUACAUGAUCCCGACUCUAUGUCUCAUCUUUAAGCGAAAUGAAAUUAAACAUGGUCCAUUCUGGAUGAAUAAAUAUGGUUUUGGUUUAGUAUGCAAUUUGGUUCUUAUUGGAUGGACCAUUUUUGCCACAGUUUUUUACAAUUUCCCAUCAGUCAUGCCUGUGACCAGUGGAAAUAUGAACUAUUCGUCAGCGGUAUUUGGUGUUGUUUUCAUUAUAUGUUUUUGUGAUUGGAUGAUUAGAGGUAGGAAAGAAUAUAUUGAUAUUGAGGAAAGGGAACAACACAAGGAUGAUUUGGCUUAUCAAUUAUCGAAUCAAGUUUCAAAUAUUGAAGUGAUGAUGUCGCAUCAAUACGAUAAAUCAUGA